CUUGUUAUUGUAAGCACUUUUCAACGCUCCAUGUCGUCCGACGCACCUUCCCCGGCGGACACGCGCCUCUCCAAGGCGAUGACGUGGGUGCUUCGUCACGGCGCUGUGGAACUAAAGCUUCCCAUCUCGAGCGAUGGAUUCAUCCCACUCACGUCGAUGAUGGCACUCCGUCAGGUCCAUGGCGCCACCCUCGACGACAUUCAACGUGUGGUCCGCAACUGCAAAAAGCAGCGAUUUGCAUUAGACACGAGUGAUCCUGACACGUCGAAAUGGCGCAUCCGAGCGAACCAGGGACACACGAUCAAGGCCGUUCAGGACAGCGACCUGUUGGUUCCUAUCACGCUCGACGAAGCCCAACAAGGGUUAAUCUGCAUCCAUGGAACGUACUUUCGGCACUGGGAGUCGAUUGUACACCACGGACUCUGUCGCAUGGCUCGCAAUCACAUUCAUUUUGCAGCGGGAGAGUCCACCGACGUGAUCAGUGGCAUGCGCACGUCGGCCCAACUCAAGAUCUACGUGGACGUGGCCGCCGCCAUCGCCGACGGCAUCCCGUUCUUUCGAUCCGACAACAACGUGCUGCUAUGUGCAGGUAUCGGCGACAAAGGGGUGCUCCCACCGACCUACUUUGUCAAAGUCGUGCGGACCAAAGACGGCGCGCAAAUCUACCCGAAUUAGCCCAUUAACCUAAGUCAAAGCCUCGGGGUUUCGGGGUUUCCUAGUGAAUAGCAGUGCCAUGAAUGUUGGUCAUAUUUGCUCGAAGGGGUUUCGGGGUUGUGCGGAUAAACUCCUAAGUUUGGGGGUUUCGGGGUUGGGGAAUUCCAUCGAGGUCAAGGGGUUUCGGGGUUUCCUGUACACUUGGCUGUGCAAUAUAUAUAUAU